UACCGGCAAUUGCUAUCGAUUUCGUUAAUUUGUUGUUUGCCGUUACUUUAGCUAAACUUCCUUUUCAACAGGUCUACUGAAGACGAAGUGACUAAAAUGUCGCUCAUUGUACCAGAGAAGUUUCAACAUAUUCUUCGUGUUAUGAACACGAAUAUUGAUGGAAAAACUAAGAUCAUGUAUGCCAUGACAUCCAUCAAAGGUGUUGGUAGACGUUUUUCAAACAUCUGCUUAAAGAAAGCUGAUAUAGACCUUAAAAAACGUGCUGGCGAAUUAACAGAUGAAGAAGUUGAACGUGUAAUAACUAUUAUGCAAAAUCCACGACAAUACAAAAUUCCAGAUUAUUUCUUGAACAGACAAAAAGACAUUAAAGAUGGCAAAUAUACUCAGGUUUUAGCAAAUGCUCUAGAUAAUAAACUUCGUGAAGAUUUAGAACGUUUAAAGAAAAUCAAAGCUCAUCGUGGGUUAAGACAUUACUGGGGUUUACGUGUUCGUGGUCAACAUACGAAGACAACCGGACGCAAAGGAAGAACUGUUGGUGUUUCUAAAAAGAAAGGCCAGCAAUAAAUCUCACUUAAAAUUA